CUUUUUUAAAAAAGCUUUGCACAAUAUUAAUUAUUCAUGUAUUUUUUUCACAUUCCGAUUGCAAUCAAAUUGCAGAGUUUAGCGAGGCUAAAUCACAAGUAGCCGAGUUGAGAGCGGAGGGAGAACGUCAGGGAAAGUUGCUUCAAGAACUAAUCGGGAAUCAUGAUCUAGAUUCCGUUGAACCUCACGCACACAGCUGCUAUGAAGCAGCAGGUCAAGCUAGCGGUAUUUGAGAUACAAGUUCGCGGUUUUAGCCUCAAGACGUUCAGGGUUGUAUGCGAACAAAACAAUUACGGUAACGGCUGGACUAUAAUUUUGCGACGCCAGGACGGAAGUGAGGACUUUUAUCGUAAUUGGAAUGACUACAAAAAUGGCUUUGGCGACCUGGAAGACGAGCUCUUUAUGGGCUUGGAAAAAAUCCAUGCAAUAACUGCCGCUCAAAGACAAGAGCUGCUGGUUCUACUAGAGGACGAGGACGGUGAACAAUCAUACGAGAGGUAUGAUAGGUUUGCGAUUGGAGAUGAAUUAGAAUCAUUCGCGUUACACACGCUUGGGAAUGCGAAUGGAACAGCUGGGGAUUCAUUCAAAUAUCAUCAUGGUCAAAAAUUUACAACUUAUGAUCGGGAUAAUGAUUCUAAUCAGCUGAAAAACUGUGCGAAGACUCGCAGUGCUGCCUGGUGGUACAAGUCCUUUUGUGAGCAACUUAAAUGGAAUAUAUAAUAAUAACGUCAAGGGCAUAUACUGGGGAAGCUUUAAAGAUGUGGACCACUCAUUAAAACGGGCAGUCAUGAUGAUACGGCCAAUAAUCUAAUCUCAGAUUUUACUUUUAUGAUCUCAAUUAUUAUUUGAACAUAAAUAUUUAAAAUUAAAAUUUA